AUGAAUCGAAGGGUGGAGGUGCUGGAAGAUUUCAACGAAGAACAGGGCAUAUUAGUUACGCCCCUUGUUAAGGUUGCUGGUUUUAGGACUGUGUUUCAAAGGCAUACAGAUCGUGAUCAGGAGAGAAGGAUUCUUAAAGAGGAAAUGUUUCGAUUCUCUCAUCAGUUGCUGACUGGUCAAGAAGCUCAGAAUGCUCCAAAGGGUUGUCGAGAGUUGGAUCCAGUCGCUACUCCCUUAGACCUCCUUCAAAUAAUGACAGAAGCUAACGGGACAUCGGAUAAUGCUUAG